AUGGAAAAAACUGAUUUCGGGCAAGAAAGCGUAUACAUGAGUACGCUCGCUACCGAGGCGACGAAGCAAAAUGAAUUGUACAUUUCGGAUUUUUGUUAUGCCGUUCAGAUUAGUGUUUAUUUGUUGAAACCGAUCGGUGCUUGGCCAUUGAUGGAGAAAGAUGUUUCGCUAUAUAAGAUUGUUCUGCACAAGUUGUCAAUGGUGAUCACUACGUUUCUUCAAAUUUUUACCGUCGUGCCAUGGAUCGUGCUUAUUGUUAAAGAGAAAUGGGAUAUUAUGCUGAUACUUCGUACGAUGUGUCCGCUAAUUUUCUCAUUAACGAUUUUUGCGAGAUAUGUUCUAUUGCUGUGGCAUCAGGAUCGGUUGAAAACCUGCGUCGAUCGUGUAGCCGACGAUUGGCGACACACGAUACUCACCCAGGACAGAGAAAUCAUGCUGGUGAAUGCUAGACUAGGUCGCAUAUUCGGCAUCGUUUCAGUAGCCUUCAUGUACAGUUGCGGUAUAUUGUAUUACUUGCUACCGUUGAUCUUACCCAAUAUGAUUACUGAGGACAACGUCACCAUAAGAUUCCAUCCGUCGCCCUGCGAAUUUCUCGUGUUUAAUUCCAAGGACAGUCCUGCAUAUGAGAUUGUAUAUUGCAUACAAUGUUUGGCUGGGUUCACUUUCUACAGUGCGUUCUGUGGUAUCUGCAGUUUAAUGGCACAUUUCGUUACGCACAUAUGUGGUCAAUGUGACGUGCUGGACUCUUUUCUUGAGGAAAUUGUCAUUGGUGGUGAGCAUAACGACGGCUCCAUUGACGAUCGAAUCGCUAACGCAAUUAGCCGACAUCUGCGUUUGUUGAAAUUAGUUUCUAAAGUAAGUGGUUUAUUUACUGAGAUAUGUCUUAUGGAAUUCAUAAACGCUUCGUGUAACAUAUGUCUUCUUGGCUACUACAUCAUAACUGUACGUUAUAUGAUACUUGUAAACAAGUUGAAACAGCUUCGAAUGGUGUUUAACGAGAUUGUUUAAGUUCUUUAGAAGAAUACCUGUAUUGCGAUUAUAAAAUUUUUUUAAA